GUCUAUUCAUAGCUGUUUAGUAACUGACGACCUUGGAAUACCUUCACUGCACAUCUCUUGACUUGUUGUCCCAACUUCUCUCCUUCUCCUCCUCCUCGACUCUCUCUCUUUCAUGAUCACUUCUCUCAGUCUGUCGACGAGAAACACUUUCAUCACCGCCAACACUCACAAUAUCGUCGCCUCAUAUCCACUCUCAUUCAGACAUACACACACGCACACGCACACGCACACGCACACGCACGCACACACACACACACACAAACACGUUCAUUCAUUCACCGCAAUCAUGGCUCCGCCCGCAGCAGGUCGCGCUGCGCCCAAGACCGACGCCGCCAUCCUCGAAAGCGUUCCCAAUUACCCACCACCUGCCGACAUCAAGUACACCUAUGGCACCGCCGGCUUUCGCAUGAAGGCGGAUCUCCUCGACCAUGUCAUGUACGGAAUGGGUCUCCUCGCAGGCCUGCGAUCCCGCAAACUCGGCGGCCAGACCAUCGGAGUCAUGAUCACCGCCUCGCACAACCCCGCCGAGGACAACGGUGUGAAGCUCGUAGAUCCCUUGGGCGAGAUGUUGGAGCAGGAUUGGGAACAGUGGGCCACCCACAUUGUCAAUGGAAAGACCCCCGAAGAGACCCUCGCUGCAUACAACGAUGGGGUGAAGAAGUUUGACAUCUUGCACGAGAAGCCUGCUCGGGUCAUCUUCGCUCGGGAUACUCGUCCUUCAGGAUCGCGGUUGGUGCAUGCCCUGGAGGCUGGUCUCAAGGCCACCGAUGUGGAAUAUCAGGACUAUGGCAUCCUCACCACGCCGCAAUUGCACUACCUCGUCCGCGCCACAAACACCCAAAACGAUAAGAUCCCAUAUGGUGAGGUGUCGGAGGAGGGCUACUACAAGAAGCUGGCCAACGCCUUCAAGGUGGUCAUGCAAUACGUCAAGGUCACCAGCCCGGUCACGGUGGACUGCGCGAACGGUGUCGGCGCACCUAAACUGAAAGAGAUGCUCAAAUACCUCCCGCCUGUGUCCGAGACCGGUCUGGAAGUCAACAUCGAGAAUGAUCGCAUUGAAGAGCCGGAGAUGCUGAACAAGGAUUCGGGCGCGGACUACGUCAAGACCAAGCAGAAGGUCCCUGCGGGUUUCAGUGGUGCCGCCUAUGCGCGAUAUGCCGCGUUCGAUGGUGAUGCCGAUCGCAUCAUCUACUUCUUCACAGAGCCGGGCAACAUCUUCCGCAUGCUCGACGGCGACCGAAUCGCGACUCUGGCUGCCUCGUUCUUGGGAGAACUGGUCGAGAAGUGUGGUCUCGCGGAGAAGAUCAAACUCGGCGUGGUCCAGACCGCAUACGCCAACGGUUCCAGCACACACUACAUCAAAGACCGGCUCCGUCUGAAAGCCGAGUUCACCAACACAGGCGUCAAACAUCUCCACCACGCCGCGCUCCGCUACGACAUCGGCGUCUACUUCGAAGCCAACGGCCACGGAACCAUCCUCUUCUCCCCGACCGCCCUCAAAGCCAUCGAGAAGCAAGAACCCCAAUCCACCGGCCAGCUCGAAGCCCUCGAGACCCUCCGCGCCAUCGUCGACCUCAUCAACCAGACCGUCGGCGACGCCAUCUCCGACUUCCUGCUCGUCGAAGCCAUCCUCGCGCACAAAGCCUGGACCGUCCGCGACUGGCUCGCCACCUACACCGACAUGCCCAGCCGCCUCGCCAAACACGUCGUCCCCCGCCGUGAGGAUUUCACCACUGUGCCCGGCAGUGCAGAGCAGAAACUCGCGACGCCUGUGGGUCUCCAGCGACGGAUCGAUGCCGAGGUCGCGAAGUAUGGCUCCGGCCGCUGCUUUGUGAGAGCUUCCGGCACGGAGGAUGCGGUCCGCGUCUAUGGCGAGGCGUUCCAUGCAUAUGAUGUCGACCAUAUGAUGCAGACGAUUGGGUUCUUGAUCCAGAAUCACGUAAAGAACAACUAUGCGUGAAGAACAAGUGGAGGGAUGUGAUCCUGCUGCUGCUGCUGAUGAUGAUGACGAGAGAAAGCGGAGGGUGGAGGUGAUCCCCUUCUUCUCUCAUCAUCAUCUUUGAUGUUUUAUGAAACUACUACUACCCAUGACGAGCUCCGGCAUCUCUCUUUGCAGGCAGAUGAAUCCAGGAGGAAUCGUUUUUCCCUUUUCCUCAUUUGUUUCGUUUGGAAAAUGAUAAAAGUUGACUUUGUUUUUUUCAUUCUGUCUUCCUUUCCUUUCGCUGUAUGUCCGGCCUGAAGUGCAUAGAAUGUACCUUUGCCGUAAUUCAAACGAGGUUGUGUUCUUCAAGAGACGAUGUACGUUUGGAAAUGCAAGUCUCAGGUGAUAGAAACAAAGAGAGAGAGAUCGC